CUUGAGUGAAACCCCGCAGUGUGAGCGCUGUUGAAGAGCGGACGCAUGGGACUCCAUCAGCUGCAGCUCAACACCGUUCAUGGGUCACAUGACCUGGCGGGUCACGUGUAGCGCCGUUUGCGUCACUCGGUUCAGCUGAGGCUUCAGUCCCAUCACUAAGGUGAGCCUGCUGGCAUUUCAAACACGCCGCAUAACAUAAACACUGAGCCGUGCAGGGGCUUGUUUUGGUUAGUUACAAGAUAUUGCGUACCAGUUUGUAAGUCGUGGACGAUAAAAAUAAAGUAAGUUACAUUAUUAUUUUAAUUUUAGUUGUUGCAGGCCCUUUGUUUACACCAACUCGGCAUGGCGGGCAUCAACAAGACCGGUUCAAUUUAAAACAAUUAAAAUAAAAGGAGCCGGGGAAAUCCAUCGAAAGUAAGCAGCUACUAAACAGAAUCCAGUGGACAGUGUGGAGAUGGAAUCUGUCCAGAUUAAAGAGGAGUUCCCUGAACUUGAACCUGUCCCCAUUAGAGUGGAGUUCUCUGGGCUGGCUUCCCUCCCCAUUAAACAGGAGCUCUGUGAGAUGCAAUGUGACAGCAGUCAGCCAGAGGUCUCUGACAUUAAAGCUGAGCACAAUGACCUGGAGAUCCCCCAGACAGAAGAACCCCUUCCUGUUAAUCAAGAAGAGAUGCUGGAAACUGUCCAUAUUAAACAGGAGCCCCCUGAAGUAGAGUUUGACCACAUGGAACCAGGGAAGGAAGAAUCCGAGGACUUCAAACCAAACAUCCCUGAGCUGGAGCGUGUACGCCUGCGGGAGUGUAGCGUGGUGCUGGAGAGAAUCUGCGUGAGAGAGCAAGGCGCUGGAGAGGAAGGCUCUCCCAACAGCAUGCAAGGAGGUGGAAAGGAAGACGGGCGCUCCCAUUCAGAAUGCAGUCUAGCAGGUUCCAGUCCAGCAGCUAAAGCGAGGGCGGGCGCUGGAGAAUAUCCUGACUGUGGGAAAGAUUUCAUCCAGUUAGGACAUUUAAAACAAAAACGGAGCAUUCACACAAGAAAGAAACUGUGUCGCUGCUCGGACUGCGGGAAGAGUUUCAGUCUGUCAAGCAACCUGAAAAAACACCAGCGAACUCACACAGGAGAGAAACCGUAUCACUGCUCGGACUGUGGGAAGAGUUUCAGUCGAAUAGACAGUCUUGUUUCACACCAGCGAAUUCACACAGGAGAGAAACCGUAUCACUGCUCGGACUGUGGGAAGAGUUUCAGUCGAACAUAUAGUCUUGUUUCUCACCAACGAAUUCACACAGGAGAGAAACCAUAUCGCUGCUCUAACUGUGGGAAGAGUUUCAGACAUUCCGGACAGCUUUUUUCACACCAGCGAACUCACACAGGAGAGAAACCGUAUCACUGCUCGGACUGCGGGAAGAGUUUCAUUCGAAUAGACAGUCUUGUUUCACACCAGCGAAUUCACACAGGAGAGAAACCGUAUCACUGCUCGGACUGCGGGAAGAGUUUCAGUCGAAUGGACAGUCUUGUUUCACACCAACGAAUUCACACAGGAGAGAAACCGUAUCACUGCUCUGACUGUGGGAAGAGUUUCCGUCGAAUAGACAGUCUUGUUUUACACAAGCGAAUUCACUCAGGAGAGAAACCGUAUCACUGCUCUGACUGCGGGAAGAGUUUCCGUCUAUCAAACAACCUCAAAAAACACCAGCGAAUUCACACAGGAGAGAAACCAUAUCACUGCUCAGACUGUGGGAAGAGUUUCAGUCGGUCAAGUCACCUUGUUUCACACCAGCAAACUCACACAGGAGAGAAACCGUAUUGCUGCUCAGACUGUGGGAAGAGUUUCCGUCAGUCAAAUAGCCUUAUUUCACACCAGCGAACUCACACAGGAGAGAAACCGUAUCACUGCUUGGACUGUGGGAAGAGUUUCACUCUGUCAGGCAACCUCAAAAAACACCAACGAACUCACAUAGGAGAGAAACCUUAAAUGGGACGUUUCACUCAUGAGGGAAAAAAACGUUAUCCUUGCAUCCUUCUGAAAAUGAAUCCUUGUGAAAAUACUGUUUUGUGUAUCACUUGAGCAUACAUUUUAAAUGGUAAAAAUGCGCUUCAGCGCUCUUGCGCUGUGAUUGUGUCAGAAAAUGGGCAGUGACACGAUGUCGCAGACAAAAUGAUUCUUGGUGAUACAUCUCCCUCCUGACCUGUGAGGAUGCAGUGUAAAGGGAACAGAGUGCCCUGUACUGCGUGGCCUGACAAUUCAUUCCCAGGGUUAGGUGGAAGUCGGCUAUUUAGAAAGGGGGCUCAGCUGCAGUACAUUAAGUCAUUGUUCUAGUGAGAAAGCGAUGUGGGAACCGCAGAUUGGAGGAGAAACGGCUGCACUCGCUAACCAAGCUGAGUUCUAAUGGGACUUGGCUGUACAAUUAAACCUGGUGUGUGCUGAUUGAACGAUUGAUUAAUUAUACAACACAAUAGUAAGCAAUGCGAAAAACACCUUUGUCUAAAUUGUAUUCAAAUGAGCAAAAUGUAUAUUUAAAGCUUGUUGUAUCAAAUCGAGUUCUAGCACUUUUCCUCUCUGAGUCGUUCUCAGCGCUGGUUGUUUAAUGCUGUAUGGAAUUCCUGUUUUCCAAGAUACUGGUUAACCUUAACCUUCCUCUCUAGUAACAGCUAGCACACAGCUCCUGGGUAUUGCAACACUUCAGCAAGUUUAGAGCUCGGAUGCAGUGCUUUUAACCCUGCAGUAAACUCCAGGGGAAGAAGAUGGAAACCAGUUUAUCCUCCUAUACAAAUUAAUUGUAGUCAAAUUAAACUUCUAAAUUUCUAAAUGCAGAAAUGUUUAUUACGUUUUUUUUCGGUACUGGUAUAAAUAAAUAAAUAAAAGAAGAAAAAAAGGUAUUUUCAAAUCUUCAGGGCCCUGUUCCUCGUAGCUGGCUAACUGAGUUAGCCGGAUCACUCUCAGGAUAACUUGACAGAAGUCUGGCUUGUUCCGCUCCUCGAAGCAAGCUUAAGGUCUGGCCGACUGAGUUACCAUAGCAACACAUCCUUAAUCUUAAACCUGCUUCAGCGCAGGAUAACUUAAAGUUAGCCGGAUCUGUGUAUUAAAACUCGUACUUCUACCCAAUGAAAGCACUUGACACACCCCUCUAAAAUGACAGCGCCCUUCCUUAGAGAUCCCAUUGAUCAACGAGCAAGAUCCUUUGCAUCGUUCAGAUGUUUUUGUAUUUGAGCGCUAUAGAUUCGGUCGGCAAGGUGUCAUUUAUCUAAUAAAUUUACUUGAGCCGUACAUUACCCAUACCACCCGAAGCAGCGGUGCAUUGACAGGAACACAGACUAUAUGCAUAGGGAUGUGCUUUUUUGCUAGUGGCGCAUUCCUAUACUCGGUGAUUAAUUAGUACAACAUAUUACUACAGUAUUAUAUAUUAAAAAAACAAGGGCAAAUUAUGACAAAACAAUAGAGAGCUCACCAUUCUCAUGCAACAAACUCUCAGUCCAUGUUCCAUUCCAUUACUACAAGCAUGCAGAUUUAAAUUGGACGUGUGUGAAAUAAUUAUAUUGGGGUAAAUACAUAGCCUGUAUAAUAAAAAAAUAAAAUGCAUUUUUAGAAAAAUUACACAUUUAGCUUAUCUGCAGUUUUUUUCCACGCUUCCUCUCUGGACUUGGCAGCAGCAGCAGCACUGUUGCAUUUAGUUGUGAUAAUGCUUUUAUAUUCCUCAAAACUUUCCAUGAUAAGCUCUUGCUCAGUCAGUCUGAAACAAGUUGCCUUCUCUUUGGACGUCAUCUUUCGUGAAGAUCAUUGUUUCAGUGCUCUGCGAUUCUCCCUUUUGAGGUAGCACGAGCACGCGCAAUUAUCAGGAUUCCUUAAGUGAGAAUCGAGUUAACGAGACAGUUUUAGCCUGUAUUUGCCGUCGAGGAACGGAGCUUGACUUCAAUGAUCGGGUUAAUUGAAUCCGGCUAACGUCUGAUUAGCCUGAAUUAGUUAAACCAGCUACGAGGAACAGGGCUCAUUUUCCAAACAGUGAAUUAGCUGGAAAUGCUGCUUUACAAGCACAAUGGGCUCCACAUUCAACUCAAAUGGUGUCUAACAGAGCACUAGGAAAGAAGAGGCUCCCUGCCUCAAAGAGAAAGAAAGAGCGCCCCCUCCAGUCUAUAGAGAUGUAAAGCAAGGAGACGGAUUCCAUGCGCGCACAGCUGCUUCACUGCGGAACGCAACCUUGUCAUGUGACAGAGUCAGGUGACAGAAGGGCUUCAGUGACGUAUUAAAAUGGAGACAUGCAGUCAUUUAAAGACGCAUUAUCUUUCUUACAAAGAGAACAGAACAACAAACACCAGACGUAAAAAAAGAUAGACUUAAAUGAUGUUGACGAUAAAAAAAGGAAGUUUCAAUUUUGUAUUUAAUUUUAAUUGUUUGCGACACACGGCAAUAGUGUAAUAUUUUUUUGUUCUAAUAUUUAUUGUCUGAAUCCGUCCAUCCAUUAUCUGUAACCACUUAAUCAUAUAGAGGGUCGCGGUGAGCCAGAGCCUAACCCGGCAGACGUAGGGGCGCAAGGCAAGACUACACCCUGGACGGGACCCCAGUCCAUCGCAGGGCAACUAAGACAGUUUAGAGAAGCCAAUCCACCUAGCCAGCAUGUCUUUGGACUGUGGGAGGAAACCCAUGCGAACACAGAGAGAACAAGCAAACUCCACACACAGACCCCUGAGGCAUGAAUCGAACCCAGGACCCUGGAGCUGUGAGGCAGCAGGUCUAACCACCGUGCUGCCCUUUUUAUUUCAAUCUUUUUUUUUUCAUAGUAUUAGGUCUGUUUAUACAACUAUGGUGUAAAUGCACACUCACCAUGUUACUAGCAUUGCUUGUAAGCUUUUUAGAGACUGAGAAACUUGAAAUUUUGAUUAAGAAGGUAAAUAAAAAGUGAGAACCUUGUAAUAAAAUGAGAACCCCCCCCCCUCCACACACACACACAUACACACUUACACCCAUAAAUAUCCUGUGU